AUGGAGACCAGCACGGCUGUCGCAUCUGCCGCCGUCCUACUCGUCCUGCUCUGUUCGCUGCUGCAGAGCCCGGCGGCGCUCGCUUCCGGUUCCGGGAAGCCGCCGCCGUCGUCGUCGUACGUCGUGUACCUCGGCGGCCACCCGCAGAGCGACGACGGGGUGUCGCCGGAGAUGGCGUCCCGGCGGGCCGCCGACUCGCACUACGACCUCCUCGGCGCCGUCCUUGGGAACCGGGAGAAGGCGCGCCGGGCCAUCUUCUACUCGUACACCAAGCACAUCAAUGGCUUCGCCGCCAACCUCGAGCCCGGCGACGCCGCCGAGAUCGCCAGGUACCCCGGCGUGGUGUCGGUGUUCCCGAACAGGGGCCGCAAGCUGCACACGACGAGGUCGUGGCAGUUCAUGGGGCUCGAGAGGGGCGGCGACGUCCCGCACUGGUCGGCCUGGGAGAAGGCCAGGUACGGCGAGGACACCAUCAUCGGCAACCUCGACUCAGGCGUGUGGCCGGAGUCCAAGAGCUUCGACGAGGGCGAGAUGGGGCCCAUCCCAGACGACUGGAAAGGGAUUUGCCAGAACGACCACGACAGGAAAUUCCAAUGCAACAGCAAGCUCAUCGGCGCGCGCUACUUCAACAAGGGCUGGGCGGCGGCGUCGGGCGCCCCGCUCGACGACGCGCUCAAGACGCCGCGGGACGAGAACGGGCACGGCACGCACACGCUGUCCACGGCGGGCGGGGCCGCCGUGCGCGGCGCGAGCGCGUUCGGGUACGGCGUGGGCACGGCGCGGGGCGGGUCCCCACGCGCGCGCGUGGCGGCCUAUCGCGUCUGCUUCCGCCCCAUCAACGGCAGCGAGUGCUUCGACGCCGACGUCCUCGCGGCGUUCGAGGCCGCCAUCGCCGACGGCGUGCACGUCAUCUCGGCCUCCGUCGGCGGCGACUCCACCGACUACCUCCUCGACGCCGUCGCCAUCGGCUCGCUCCACGCCGUCAAGGCCGGCGUCGCUGUCGUCUGCUCCGCCAGCAACAACGGCCCGGACCUCGGCACCGUCACCAACGUCGCGCCGUGGAUCCUCACCGUCGCCGCCAGCUCCGCCGACAGGGAGUUCUCGGCCUUCGCCGUCUUCAACCACACCAGGGUCGAGGGCAUGAGCCUCUCGGAGAGAUGGCUGCACGGGAAAGGCUUCUACCCGAUCAUCAGCGGCGACGAAGCCACACAUCCUGGCAGCACGCCGAAAGACGCCCAGUUGUGCUUGAUGGGGUCGCUGGACCCCGAGAAGGUCAGGGGAAAGAUCGUGGUGUGCCUUAGAGGGAUCACCACGAGGGUGGAGAAGGGCGAGGCCGUCCGCCACGCCGGCGGAGCCGCCAUGAUCCUCGUCAACGACGAGGCCACCGGGAACGACCUCGAGGCCGACCCGCACGUACUCCCGGCCGUGCACAUCUCUUACGCCAACGGGCUCGCCCUCUGGGAAUACAUCAAGAACACCAAGAUUCCGUCCGGGUUCGUCGUCAAGGGGAGGACGAUCUUGGGCAUGAGGCCGGCGCCGGUCAUGGCGGCUUUCUCAUCUCAGGGGCCGAACACGGUCAACCCUGAGAUCCUCAAGCCAGACAUCACGGCGCCGGGGGUGAACGUGAUCGCGGCGUGGAGCGGCGCGACGGCGCCCACAGACAGGUCGUUCGACAAGCGGCGCGUGGCGUUCAACAUGCUGUCCGGCACGUCCAUGUCGUGCCCGCACGUCUCCGGCAUCGCUGGCCUGAUCAAGACCCUCCACCCGGACUGGAGCCCCUCCGCGAUCAAGUCGGCGAUCAUGACAAGCGCGACGGAGCUGGACGCGGAGCGGAAGCCGAUCCUGAACUCGUCCCACGCCCCGGCGACGCCGUUCAGCUACGGCGCCGGACACGUCUUCCCGAGCCGCGCGCUGGACCCGGGGCUCGUGUACGACAUGACCAUCGUGGACUACCUCGACUUCCUCUGCGCGCUCGGGUACAACGCGACGGCCAUGGAGCUCUUCAACAAGGGGUCGUUCGUGUGCCCGAGCAUCCCCAUGAGCCUCCACGACCUCAACUACCCGUCCAUCACUGCCCACGGUCUCCCCGCCGGCACGACCACGAUGGUCCGGCGCAGGCUCAAGAACGUCGGGCUGCCGGGGACGUACACGGCCGCCGUCGUCAAGGAGCCCGAGGGGGUGCACGUGUCGGUGACACCGGCGAUGCUGGUGUUCAGGGAAGCCGGCGAGGAGAAGGAGUUCGACGUGAGCUUCACGGUCAGGGACCCUGCCCCGCCCGCGGGCUACGCAUUUGGCGCCAUCGUAUGGUCUGAUGGGAGCCAUCAGGUGAGGAGUCCACUGGUAGUGAAGACGACGCAGGGGUGA